AAAACAAUUCAUCUAGUCUAACAUUUAAGUAAGUUGCGCAAAAAAGCAAGUAAUUUGAGAGUAGGAGUAAAAAUAAAAUAAGAAGCCAAAUCACCUCAUUCAGUGAAACCUAAAUUUAACUUUUUAUUUCCCAAAAGCCAAUUCCUAUCCAACGCCUCCACUCCCAAUCACUAUGGAGAAAAUAGGAGUAUUGCUGACAUGUCCAAUGUCAUCCUACCUAGAACAACAACUCAACAACCGUUUCAGCCUCUUCAAAUACUGGGAAUCUUCCUCCAAGUCCCAGUUCUCUACUCACAACAGUCACUCCAUCCGAGCUGUUGUAGGUAACGCAUUCGUUGGUGCUGAUUCUGACCUCAUUAACGCAUUGCCAAAUUUGGAAAUCGUAUCAUCUUACAGUGUAGGUUUGGAUAAGAUUGAUUUGGCAAAGUGCAAAGAGAGAGGAAUUAGAGUUACCAACACUCCCGAUGUGCUUACCGAUGAUGUGGCUGAUACAGCGAUUGGAUUGACAUUGGCUACUCUGAGGAGGAUUUGUGUUGCUGAUGGGUUUGUGAAACAUGGCUUGUGGAAAAAUGGUGAUUUUGAGUUGACAACGAAGUUCAGUGGUAAAUUGGUUGGCAUAAUUGGGUUGGGCAGAAUUGGUUCAGCAAUAGCAAAGAGAGCUGAAGCUUUUGGAUGCCCCAUUAGUUACCACUCCAGAUCCAAGAAACCUAACUUAAACUACAAAUACUACUCUACUGUGGUCGAUUUGGCUGCAAAUUCUGAAAUCCUUAUUGUUGCAUGCGCUUUGACUGAAGAAACCCGAGACAUUGUCAACCGCAAAGUGCUUGAUGCAUUAGGUCCAAAGGGCAUCUUAAUCAACAUAGGACGAGGUGCACAUGUAGAUGAAUCUGAACUUGUAGCUGCACUGAUUGAAGGUCGUAUCAACGGGGCUGGUUUUGAUGUUUAUAAGACAGAACCAGAGGUUCCUGAACAACUGUUCGGACUUGAGAAUGUUGUUCUAUUGUCCCAUGCUGCAAGUGAUACAGUAGAAACUUGCAUGGCCAUGGCGGACCUUGUUAUUGAAAACUUGGAAGCUCAUUUUCUUCACAAACCAUUGUUGACUCCUGUGGUCUAAACACUUUCAUUCAUCAGUGCUUGCUGGGCAAUCAGCAAGUUGAACACUGAAUAUUUCCAAAUUCUAGAGUUGUAUUCUUUUCUAUUUGAUGAUAAUGGACUUCAAUGUUGCAUUUAUA